CAGAGUACAGAGGAUUGCAUGCCAGUUCCUCGACUUACUUACCACGUUGGCGGCUUCGGUUCAGAUAUAAAAGAUCAGUUCAUAUCUCACCUGGACAUUGAUCACCAAUUGCCGCCAAAGCAUUUAGCAAUCGUCCUUACAAACUAAGCAGUUCUAUUCAGACUUCUUCUACCAUCUCUCACAGUAACAAUGCUUCUCAGCAAAAACUUACUCGCCCUUGCUACAUAUGCGUUUGUGGGAAGCACUGCUUUAGGCAUUAACUGUCAAGGCAGCGGCCUCUGCACUGGUUCCAAAGGGAUCUUAGGGCAAGCCCAAGGCCAGUUGAGGGCACUAGACCAAAGCCAACAAUUCUCCGACGGACAACACAUUACAUGUGUUAAGACGUCCAACAUCGGGGAGCCAUCGCUCUGCAUCUUCUAUCAAAAAACCAACGGUCGAAAGUGGACGGUCGCUCAAACUGUCAAUUACGUUCAACAACUCAUCGACCACGGAUGCAAAGCCUGCGGUAGCGUCCCCACGGAUUCCGGCAACAAUGUGAACAACGGCGAGCUGACUGCAAACAUGGUGACAAACGCACAACCAGGCAUAGAUAAAAGGAAAGAAGAGGAUGUCCCGAAGGUUGCUGUGCAGGAAGAAUAUUCCCAACCUACCGAGAGGAAAGAGGCAUCGGCAGCAGCUCUUGGCAUCAACUGUCGUGGCAGCUCGACCUGCGGGGUUGGAGGCGUUGGCCACUCUCCUGCAGGCACAAUGGAACAGGUCAGGGACGCCGUCGCGGCUGGCCCGGAGGGACAAUGGGGAAAUGGGCAGCAGAUCGCCUGUGUGCCGCACGUCACCGGCAGACUCUGUGCUUUCUACCAGAAUAUCGGCUCUCGCACCUUUACCAAGGGCCAAACAGUUACGUAUCUUGAUCAGCUGAGAGAUCAUGGCUGCAGGAACUGCGGUAGCAUCCCAACAGACCCUGGAAAUGAUGUCUCUAAGGGCGAGUUGACUGUCAACUUUGUUGCUAACUGAGAUGGCAUUUGGGACAAGGUGCACUCGCACUAUAUCUAACACGUUCCUUCAGUCGCACAAACAGCUGAAUUGACCGCCUGAAACAG